CACUCAGUGUGAACGGAAGAGAACUCAUUUGCCCGUCACAGUGUUUCCCCACAGACGGUUUUUUUCUUUCUUUCUUUCUUUUCAGAACUAUGAGCGCAGCAGAGAAUGGCGGAGGCCAGCGCGCUUGAAGAACUACAGUCGGAGCUCACCUGCCCGGUGUGUUUGGAACUGUUCCGUGGUCCCGUGAUCCUUGAAUGCGGGCACCACUUCUGCCAGGUGUGCAUCAUCCAGUGCUGGGAAGCUAAGUCGGACGAGUUCUCGAAUUGCCCGAAGUGUAGAAAGUCGUGCGCCCGGAAACUGCGACCCAACUCGCUCCUUUGCAACAUCGUGGAGAGUGUGCGCAGAGCCCAGACCAUGGACGCGACCGUGGGGAUGUGCGUGUCGGACCGUGAAAGUGCACUGGAGAUGCCCGAGGAACACGAGCGCGGUUCCAGCAUGAGCAGCGUGGCCUCGUCCAUCGGGCACGGGCCACGCCUGGGAAUGGGUCUGGAUAUGUGCGAGGAGCAUGAGGAGAAACUGAAGCUUUAUUGUGAAGACGAUCAGCUUCCCAUCUGCCUUGUGUGCGGGAUGUCCCGGGACCACAAGACCCACAAUGUCAUCCCUAUUACGGAGGCCUUUGAAAACUACAAGGAUAAGCUGUCUGUGGCACUGGAGAGGGUUCAAGUACAGACAGAGAAGGCCACACUCUUCCAAAAACAGACCAAUGACAAGAUCCUCUUCAUUAAGGAGCGAACAGGAGAUUUGGAUGAGCUGGUCACUGCAGAGUUUAGCCGUAUGAGGGAGUUCCUUGUUGAGGAGGAGGAGCGCAUGAAGGAAAAACUGCAGAAGCAAAAGGAGGAGAAACUCCAGCAGCUGGAGGAGGCGCUCACUCAGUCCACGGAGCAGAUCAGCCGACUGGAAAUUAUGGCUGACAAACUUCGGCUCAAACUUGGGGAAGAAGAAAGCCCAGAGCAACUCAAGGGAAUCAAAGAUUUCAUUGGAGGGACGGAGAGCUUGUUUGAGCGCCCCUCAGAGGUGGCUGUGGACCUGCAAGCUGGAGAGUUUCUAGGACCUCUGCAGUACAGGACUUGGAGGAAAAUGAGCUCAAUUCUUCAGCCAGCUGUGACAUGUGUGACCCUUGACCCAGACACAGCCUACCCCUGUCUGUGGGUUUCUCCAUGUCGCACCAGCGUCAAGGUAGGAAAACUCCAAGCAAACCUUCCCAACAAUCCCGAGCGCUUCACCCUCUACAACAUCGUCCUAGGCUCUGAAGCCUUUACCUCAGGCAGACACUACUGGGAGGUGGAGGUAGGCUCCAAGACAGCAUGGGGCCUGGGCGUGGCCACAGCUUCCGUCAACAGGAAGGAGGAGAUCAGCCUGUGCCCGGAUGAUGGUUUCUGGACGCUGGUGCUGAGGGACGAUGGCAACGGGACCAGUGAGUAUGAAGCAUGCACUGACUCAGAUGAGAACUUAUUAUAUCCCUCCAAACCCCCCAAGAGGGUGGGGAUCUACCUGGACUACGGUCGCGGCCAAGUGACAUUUUAUGAUGCUGCAGACAUGAGCCACCUCUUCACCUUCAAUGAUGCAAAAUUCAAAGAGCCUGUUUUUCCCUACUUCAAUCCCUGGCCGAUCAUCAAUGGACACAACCGGGAGCCGCUCACCAUAGUAACUCCACAAUGGGGAUAGAUGUCCUUUUUAUGAGAGGACUGACACUGUGCAUCAAACAGAUUCGGGAUCAAACUGCAGACGCAGCUGCUAAUAACGUCGAGGGACUCGUCUCAUUAGCAUUCACACGUCUGUCUUAUUACAAGGACUUUUUGGCUGCAUGAGGACGAUUUUAUAAGAUUGUCAUGCUGUAGAUGAGCAAGAAGGAUGAUACUUCAAUCAGUCUCCCUGCAAAGAAAGUACAAGAAAAGACAAUCAAUGAUAAAACCUAACCUGUUUGAUCUGUUAUUCUUCUGUGCUACAGAGCUCCAGUGUUGUUUUACAAAUACUGUUAUGAACACAUACAUUAGCCAGCACUCGCUGACACAGUCCUUCAUUAUGUGAACAUAAUUCUGAGUCAGUCCAAUGCAUAUUUUCCUGAUGAUGGAUAUACUCACUAGUGCACCAAACACGUAUUCAUCUGCACCUAAAAAUAGUUCCAAACAAAUGGCCGUGCCUUCUUUUUGAGCAAUUUUUUGCUAAAGCGCAGAUAUCUAAAAAAAAAAAAACUUGUUGCAAUUUCUUAUUUUAACAUUAACUUUUAUGAUUGAGAUAUCUUUUUUUCAGUUUUACACUUGAAUUAUAAGUGAUGAGACAGAAUGACACAUGGUUUGUUUUGGCCUUUUUAACGAGACUUGUUAGCGAGGUUUUAUCACUUAAUGUUUUUUAUUUGCUUUGAAUACUUUACAGAAAGCGUAAUGUGUUGCUAGAAAUGAAAUCAGUCUUGGCAGAGAGAUUUAACAUGUUGAUCAUUUUUCAGCACAUUGUUUGUGGUUUAUCUAUCAUUAUUUUUAGGUGUCCAGUUAGUGUAUCUUUACACUCUCUAAAGCAGAACGUGCAUAUUAGAUUAUGGCAAUAUGGCUUCUGCAGUGUAGUUCUUCCUCCAGCUUCAUAUUUGUCCAACACUAAUAUAAAAUGUCGUUUUAUUCAUUCUCUGUUUGUAGCCUCCAAGUUUAAAUGAGAGAUAGUUGACAUGAGUGUUUUAUAUUAUGAUUGACUGUCCUCUUGAGGUUGUCAUUUGGUACCAGCAGGGGGCAGCUAAAGCUAGCCUCGAAUGAAGCAAAUUAAGGCAUUUGUGCAACACAUAGAAGCAAAUCUUAUGAAAAUGCAGCUGGCUGGAAGCUGUUAGAUGAGGAUUUAUCUCAAAAAAGAUUUUUUUUUAAAAAAAUAAUUAUCAGGUCAGAAAAAUCACAAAUAUGCUUCAAGUUAUUCUUUGAUUUGGAUAACAAAUCCUAACCCAAAAUAACAUUACAUAAGAGGAUCAAAAUACGGACCCUCCACAGACUGUAUGUAAAAAUGGUUGUGGCUUCAAGAUGCCAAUAUGAGUGUGAGUCAGUUGCUUUCAAGAAGUGAUGUAUUGUAAUGCUGUAUUCCCAAUACAGUUAUAAAAAGUGACUACUGAAACUUUAAACAUUAAACCAAACAAGUAAAUUCACAGGAGAAGAAAACUAAAUUAGACUAAAAUGAAUUAAUAACAAAACAGCCAAUAGUUCUGGGUAUAAAACCCUCUGUGGAUUUUAUUAUGGCUAUUUCUUUGUUGCCGAUUAUUUAUCAGAGAGGUUUAAUUUAGCACGUAUCACAAUAUAAUGUGACAAAUCGCACCUCAAACAGUGGAAACAAACGUCAUUUUUGACACAAGCUCAACAAAACCUGAACAUCUGAGUCACAACAUUGUCCUAAUCAGUUGAUUACUUGUAUCUUAGCCGUGGUUGAGUGUUUACCUGUCACAGAUACGCUCUGUGUUCUUCUUUCACUCUGCAGUUAAGCAAGGUUAAUGAGUCCUCUCCUGCCAGUUGAGCAAUUUGGUAAUCUGUGACUACCAUUACGACCAAAUAAGUAAUGAGAAUUAGUCUGACCUGAAUAAAACGUACCUAU